AUGGCCUCGGGCCCGCCAUUCCCGUCGCGGCCGUCGGCGUCGGGGCGCAGGGCCGUGUGGCGUCCGGACCGAGCGCGGCGGCUGCUCGGCCACCUGGGAGUGGCCCGGGAGCGCGAGGCGCCUGUGCGGGGCGGCAGAGCCCAGGCAGGGGUUCGCGACGCCUUUGAGCGAGUCGUGCUGGGGCUCCCGAGGCUCAGGAACACCUUGGGGUUCUCCCAGGCCAUGUGCCUGGCUCUCACCAUCGUGGGCCGCUUCCUGCUUUCAGUGAAGGUAAAAGAGAGGUUACUCCACCGUGUCACGAUUACUUCCUUGAGACAUGCUGUAAAAGUUAAUGAAGAAGAGGAGUUAAUUCCACAUGUAAAAGACUUCAUAAAGCACUAUGGCUCUGGCUAUACCCCAAAUGAGCUGCUGAGGGUGGAGCUGGCUGUUCUGGACAGACUGCACUGGGACCUCUGCAUCGGGACGCCGCUGGAUUUCUUGGUAUAUGAAAAGUAUGGGGUUUUCUGUUCUAACGCUAAAAACCAUGGUCUCCAGUUCCAUGCCCUGGUGGUCCUGAGCUGGCCCCAUGAGUUGGAGCUGCUGCCUCAGAGGAAUCCUUCCCUCCACGCCGCAUCCCUGACCAGGCAGCUGCAGCACUGCAUGGCGGGCCACCAGCUGCUGCAGUUCAAGGGCUCCACACUGGCCUUGGUCAUCAUCACCUUAGAGUUGGAGAGGCUCAUGCCCGACUGCUGUGCUCCUAUAUCUGAUCUGCUAAAGAAAGCACAGGUCAGUCUUGAGCAGUACAACGGCUGCAGGGAACUUGUAAAGCAGCAGCUGAGAAGUUUCUAGUCAUCCUUCUGCAUGGAAAACAGUGUUUCACCUGCCAACCAGCCCUUCUGCCCCUACCCCUGUGCCCUCAGAGCAUAA